GGAAGAUGGCGGCGGUGCGGCUGUGCCGGGGCCGGGCGCUCCUCUCCCGUGUCCGCGGGGCCCCGCGGGCGCUCCGCGGUCUGGCCGCGGGGCCGGAGAUGCACUUCGGCUUCCAGAGCGUCACGGAGGAGGAGAGGAGGGAGAAGAUUUACCAGGUAUUUGAAAACGUGGCCAAGAAGUACGAUGUGAUGAAUGACUCCAUGACUUUAGGAAUUCAUCGGGUGUGGAAGGAUUUCCUGGUACAUAAAAUGAACCCUUGCCCGGGAACACUUCUUCUUGAUGUUGCUGGAGGAACAGGUGACAUUGCCUUUCGAUUCAUUAAUUAUGUUCGUUCUGCACGAGAGCGGCAGCUCCAGAGGAAGCUCAAGCAACAUCAGAAUUUGUCAUGGCAGGAAAUUUUUCAGAAUUACCAGGAAGACAAAUUUAACUCUCUAGGGGAUUCCCAGGUGGUGGUCUGUGACAUUAACAGAGAAAUGUUAAAAGUUGGGAAGCAGAAAGCUCAGCACCUUGGCUACUCUGAAGGCUUGUCCUGGGUACUUGGGAAUGCUGAAGAGUUGCCCUUUGAUGAUGAUAAGUUUGAUGUUUACACAAUUGCCUUUGGAAUCCGAAACGUAACUCGUAUUGAUUUGGCUCUUCAAGAGGCCUAUCGUGUGCUGAAACCAGGAGGAAGAUUUCUCUGCCUUGAAUUUAGUCAUGUCAGCAACCCUCUUCUUUCCAGGCUCUAUGAUCUCUACAGUUUCCAGGUUAUCCCUGUUCUGGGUGAGGUCAUUGCUGGUGACUGGAAGUCGUACCAGUAUCUGGUGGAGAGCAUCCGGCAGUUCCCCCCUCAGGAGGAGCUGAAGGCAAUGAUAGAAGAUGCAGGUUUUUUCAAAGUGGAUUAUGAGAAUUUAAACUUUGGCAUUGUGGCCAUUCACUCGGGUUUCAAACUGUGAGUCUACUAUGUAGCAAAACACAGGAGGUGUAAUUUUCACAAGGAAUGUGAAAGCUGUGGAAUUUUAACAGUAUGAGGAUUGAAGAGGAGCGUUGAGAACUUGAGCAGCAGAUACUUGCUCAGCAGCCAGACCCUGAACACCAACUACCUUUUUUCCUUCAGGAAACCUGCGGAAGGAGCGAGUCCUGUGGCAUUUCUUACACUUGCAUUUCCCUUCAAGUGCAAUGUAAAGGACACGGCCAGAACUGAGCAGUGCUAACCAGUAAAGCAACAUCAGUUGCUACUGCGUGUUGGACACAGAAAUAGGCUGACUAGUCUUCCAAGAAGAUGCCUUUUAUUUUUUACUAAGCUUCAAGGAGGAUAUACCCAUGAGAACUUGGAUUUAUGAAGUAACUAUGGAUUUUUAUGAAGCUGUUAUUAUCUCUUUUAUGUGGAGUUUAAGGAUGUUUUCCCAUGACUCCUUUACUUCUUUCAAAGGCAAAUGAAAGGCUUGGGAAAUAAAAGGGCUCUGCAUCAACUC